AUAUAUCAUUGUUACAAUUUUCCUACAAGAUUUUAUUAACAAAAUAUAAAACAAUAAAAUGGCUUCGGUAAAAGACGUAGCAUCUCUGUAUCAAAAUUUGAAAACGGAAUGGGGAAAGAAACCUCGCAAACUUGACAAAUGUGCAGAGUUGUUAAAUAAAAUCAAGGUCGCCCUUACGCAGUUGACGUUUCUCCCCAGUAAUAACACUGCUGCUAAUCAAAAGGAAUUAAUUUUGGCGAGAGAUGUUCUAGAAAUAGGUGCUCAAUGGGCCGUGGCUGCGAAAGACGUGAAAGCUUUCGAGCGUUACAUGUCACAGUUAAAAUGCUAUUAUUUUGAUUACAAAGAUCACCUCCCAGAAUCGGCCUUCAUGUAUCAACUGUUAGGUUUGAACCUGCUGUUCCUUCUGUCACAGAACAGAGUAGCCGAGUUCCACACUGAAUUGGAGCGUCUGUCAGUGGAUGUGAUCAGAGCCGACCCGUAUGUGAGGCAUCCACUUGCAUUGGAGCAGUACCUUAUGGAGGGUAGUUACAAUAAGAUCUUUUUAGCAAAGGGUAAUGUACCAGCUGAGAGUUACACACUAUUCAUGGACACAUUACUGGAGACUGUGAGGGGAGAGAUCGCUGCAUGUAUUGAGAAGGCAUAUUUAAGUAUCCCUUGUGCCGAAGCUGCCAGGAGACUGAAUUUACCGUCACAGCAAGCUGUGCUUGACUAUGGGAAGAGACGCAAUUGGGUUUUAGGUCCAGAUAAUUGUUAUCAUUUCAAUGCCGCCGAAGAGAGCUGCGCCGCUGCAGCUGGAGUGUUGCCGUCUUCCGAACUUGCGGAACAAACGAUCGAGUAUGCGAAGCAUUUGGAGAUGAUUGUUUAGAUUACAUAAAUAUUUUUAACUUCAUACCCUUUGUCCAUAUUAUUAAAUAAAUAAAUAAAAAAAAACAGUAUAAAAUUA